AAUGUUAGAUUGUAAAAAAACAAUAUGGCUGCUAAAGUAACCAUGUUGGUGAUAAAAGUGAAUUUCGUGAAUUGUGGUUUAUAGUGAGAUUUUAAGAUUGAUUUUAAUAGAUCAUAGUUAUAAUAAUAUAUUUAUUAUUUAAUGUCAGUAGAAGUUGCUACUUAUUAAGUGAAUUUAUUUCUAAAAAAAGUGAACGCGUCACCGGUGGUGAUUUUGUGGUGAAACCUGGCGGUCACCAGUGCAGCCAAGCCGUAAGCACAGGUAUUAAGCGGUAAGAUGUCGUUCCCGCCUCGGCCGCCGCUGGUGCCAUACGGGAUAGCACCUGGAGUCGUCACAAUGCAGAUGCCUACACAUGUAAUGGUGGGAGCGUACAGCGCAAGCGGUGCGGGCGGCGGGCGAGGAGCCCUGCUGCCUGCGCCCCCGCCCGGCAAAGCCGUCAUCUCUCGUGGGCCGACGCGCAACGCUAACGGCGCUAAGGAUCCUGAGGGACCUGCCGUUACAGUCUUCAUAGGUAACAUAUCCUCUAGAGCGCCGGACGCCAUGAUCCGCUCCCUCCUGGGUGCUUGUGGCCCUGUGCUCAGUUGGAAACGUGUCUCCACGUUUGGAUUCAGUGAGUUCGCUAGUCCCGAGGCUGCGCUGCGCUGCGUGAGGCUACUGAACAGUAGACCCGUCGCUGACAAACAACUGCUUGCCAAGACUGAUGGCAAGAUGCAGGCGUUAGUUGAUACAUAUAAAACUGAGCAGCGGUCUCGGCUAGGUCAGGAGGAGGGUGCCCCGGGCACGGAGGGCGAGGCCUCCUACCUCGACGCUCGACAGAGGGCGCUCGACGAGGCCGCCGAACGACGACUGCAACAGAUCAUGAGGGACUACCAGGACGAUAUUAAUAAUUAUGAACUGCUGCAGAAGGAGGAAGCGAUCUCCAAAACGGCGCGCGUGCUCGAGGAAGCCGACAUAUCUGAGGAGAAGCGCGAUGUGAUCCAUCGCGAGAUUGGCAAGUUCCGCGAGAGUAUGAAGGAGGAGGCCGAGGUCGUCGUGCGCCGCAAGCGGGACAACAAGGACGAGCCCGAACGCCCGCGCGAGCGGGACGACCGGCGCGAGCGGGACGACCGCCGCGAGCGACCCGCCGAGCGGGAUCGGGAGCGAGAUAAGGAUCGCGAGCGGGACAGGGAUCGAGAACGUGAUCGGGAUAAGGAGAGGGAUAGAGAUAAUAGAGAUGCUAGAGAUGCUAGAGAUAAAGAUCGUCGCCGUCGUAGUACUUCGAGGAGUAAAGAUCGACGCGAGGAACGUGACAAGGAAAGGGAGAGGGAGCGCGAAGAGAGGGAGCGAGACAGAGAACGGGAACGAGAGCGAGAAAGGGAAAGAGAGAGGGAGCAACGCGAGCGAGAACGAGAGAGGGAGAUACGCGAGCGAGAGCGAGAACGGGAAAGGGAACGUGAACGUGAACGCGAGCGAGAACGCGAACGAGACAGAGAACGCGAGAGAUCUCGCGAGCGAUCGCGCGGUCGUAGCCGUAGCGAGGCGGACGCCAGGAAGGACAAGGAACAGGAGGAUGAGGCACGGGAGAAGAAGCGGCUCGAGAAGAAAGCCAGGGAGAAGGAAGCUGCUUACCAGGAGAGAUUGCGAAACUGGGAGAGUCGGGAGCGGCGGAAGACAAAGGAGUAUGAGAAGGAAAGAGAGAGGGAGCGGUGUCGCGAGGAGGAGAGGGAGAAGGAGGCCAAGCGACUGAAGGAGUUCCUGGAGGACUAUGAUGACGAGAGGGACGAUCACAAGUACUACAAGGGGAAGGAGCUCCAGCGACGACUCGGGCUGCGAGUGCGCGAGGCGGAAGCGGACGCGCGGGAGCGCGCGCGCGAGGCCGAGGAGCUGGAGGCGCUGCGCGCGCGCGUGUGGGGCGCGCGGCCGGCCGACGACGCGGCGGCGCGCGCGGCCUACGAGCGGGCGCGCGCCGCCCUCGACGCGCAGUACCGCCCGCGUCUACUCAUCGACGUCAGUCUGCAGCACGACCAGCAGCGCGCGCAGGAACUGCAGCGCGCCGAGCAGAGGGAGGAGGCCCGCAGGGAGGCCCGAGAGCGCGCGGCCCGUGAGCGCGAGCGCUACCUGCGCCUGGCGGCCGUCCGCCAGCUGCCGCGCGAGGCGUCCCCCAUUGAGUCGGACAGCUCGGGCGCGUCCCCCCCGGCCGCGUCGCCCCCGCUGUCCCCCGCGGGGUCGCCCCCCCGCACCCCGCCGCGCCGCCACCACCGACGCUCACCCCCCAGCUCGGACCCCGGCACGACCCCCACCUUGUGUCGCCGCAGCCCCCGACCCCGCCCCACCACGUACGUAUACUACUGGACUUACUCCUUCCCCCACUAUCCCGGACUGACAGUGUGCUUGGGAUCUCCUCAGAGUCCCUCCUGGUCGGAGGAGGGACGACGGAGGGGAGUGACGGACGUACAGACUAAACCAGACGCCGUCCAUUCUUGCAUGUCUGUAUGGAGGUGCAAGAAUGCGGAUACCUUCGCGGAUCAUAAGGUCAUCAGGAACAGGACUGUGACGUCAACGGGUAGUUCACCUAUCACAAUCAGUUUCAAGAACCACCAUAAGUUGAGCCCUUCAGCUAAUGACACGCCUAACGCUUGGAGGUUGGGACACUAUAUGGGACGAGAAUCAGGUCGCGUUAGACGCGUACACGCAGCGUUCGCUGGGGACGAUGACGAGCCCACGGGCGGGGCCCCCCACGCCGGGCACCCUCCCCCACAUGGGGGACCCCCCACACACGGGACCCCUACUGGAGGGUCGCACACACACGAUCAACCACGACCUAAGGAAAAGAAAGACAAAUCAAAGAAAAACAGCGGUGGUGCCGCUAACGCCGACGCGGCGGCCGGAGACAAAGAGAAUCGAAGUGCUGAGGAGAAACGGAAACAUAUUAAAAGUCUCAUCGACAAGAUACCCACACAGAAGGAUCAACUGUUUCAGUAUAAACUUGAUACGGCACAGAUUGACAACGUAUUAAUGGAGAAGAAAAUCAGGCCUUGGAUAAAUAAGAAAAUAAUCGAGUACAUAGGCGAGCCGGAGCCGACAUUGGUUGACUUUAUCUGCAGUAAAGUAGUUGCCGGGUCUGCGCCGCAAGGGAUCCUUGAUGACGUCCAGAUGGUGUUAGACGAAGAAGCGGAGGUGUUCGUGGUGAAAAUGUGGCGGCUGCUUAUAUACGAGCUCGAGGCCAAGCGGGCUGGCCUGCACAAGUGAACCUGUUGGCCUGGCCUGUAUGCUUGGCCUGCUUGGCCUGUAUCUGGGGCCUGUGUUGGGGCCUGCACGGACGGACGCAUAGCGAUAACAAUAUGUACCUCCUAGUCUAGCGAUUAAAUAAAUUACAAUAUUAUUAUCUA